AUGUCCACAGCAGAACUUCGAUAUGCAAAUCAAUUCGAAAUAAUUCGCAGCGAAGAAAAAGAUCGUUAUUUGAUAAGUCAAUUAUCCCAACAAUUAGAUGAACUCUAUACAAAAUUGUUUGGUUUAAAUAAUUUUCAUAUUUAUCAACCGUAUCUACAUCGUUUAAGUGAACUACUAUAUUAUUUAACGACAACAUUAUCAAAUCGACAGACCAUUGGCGAGGAAUAUGUUUGUUUAAUACAAUAUGAUCCUAUUACAAAACGAAUUCCAUCAUUAAUGCGUCGCUUAUUCAUGAUAUUUUUUCGAAUAUUUGGUGAUUUAAUAUCAAAAUAUUUUCUUACGACAUUUCUAAUUCGUCCAAUCGCAGAAGAUUUUUUUCAUCCAAAAUUAUCAUUACAAACCAUUGAAUUGAUUACACGUUUUAUAAUUACAUCCAUUGAAAGAACACAUAAAAUAUCUUUUUAUUUAACUGGUUAUUAUUAUAAUAUAAGUAAAAUUCUAACACGUAUUCGUUAUCUAAUUUAUAGUCGAUCAACAUCCGAGAGUAUAGAAAUACAAUCAAAUAUGAACAAAACAAUUAAAUUACUUAGCUUAUGUCUUUGCAUUCAACAUAUUAUUGAAACUUAUACGUCAUUGAAACAAGUUGCUUUAUCUAUCAGUCAACAUAGAAAUCAAUUAAAUCUGAUAGCCGAAGAAGAAAAAGAAAAAGAAAAGAAAAUCGUAUCAGAAGAUAUAACAUCGUCAACAGAUUAUGUUCGAUGUCCAUUAUGCUAUGAAUUAGCUAUAUCAAAUGUUGCACUCGUACCUGAAUGUGGUCAUGUUUUUUGUUGGCAAUGUAUUCAUACUUGGGUUGCUGAAAAUCAAACCUGUCCAUUAUGUAAAACAAAUACUACGCAAUCCCGUAUUGUGCAUUUGAUUAAUUAUUAA